UAACCGGGAGAUGGGUUUUGUCUACGUACUCAGCAGAUGGGAGGGUUCGGCAUCUGAUUCACGGGUACUUCGAGAUGCAAUAACUCGUCGUAAUAGUCUUAAGAUACCCCACGGUAAUUACUAUUUAGUUGAUGCUGGCUACACAAAUGGUCCGGGGUUUCUUGCACCGUAUAGAGGGACUCGAUAUCAUGUAAGAGAGUGGGCCCAGGGUGCACGUGCACCGCGCAACUACCAAGAAUAUUUUAACCGGGUACACUCUUCUGCAAGGAAUAUUAUUGAGCACUGCUUUGGUUUGCUGAAGAAGAGGUGGUCCAUCUUAAGAAGCCCUAGCUUUUAUCCCCUAAAGACACAAUUUCAGAUAAUUAUUGCCUGUUGUUUGCUGCAAAAUUUCAUUAGGAAGAGUAUGGAGAUGGAUCCGGAGGAGGAAGGUAGCAUAUUUGAUGAAUUCACGCCCGAUGGAGACGAGGAACAAGAUGGAUUGAUCGAUGUGGUCGAAAACACGAACGAGUGGAGUCACUGGCGUGACAACAUAGCAAAUGAGAUGUAUGAAGAGUGGCGUGCGAGUCGUACGAAGUAGUGUUGUGUGGUUUAGGGUUGUUGUAAUGGCGGCAAUUUUAGUUGUAUCAAUAGUUGAGUGUUGAGACAUUGUAACAGCACAUUAUUUAAUUUUCGGGUACUGCGUAUUUGUGAUAUUGUUUGGUGUUUUAUUUUCAUUUGU